AUGAUCCGGAAGAACACGAUUAAUCGCACAAUAGAAGUUAUGUUUACUUUGUUUGGAAUAUGGCCAGAUACUUCGUGUAUUCCAUUUUGCAGAAUUUUUUGGAUUGUCUCGAUAAUAAUUGUUCAAUUCUAUCACUAUCAAUACUUGCAAACACAUCUCUAUUCUGAUGAUCUUUUCAAUUUGAUGGACUGUUUAAGCAGCUUUUUAGCAUAUAUGAAAGUGAUGACCAAGUUUAUUGUGUUUUGGUUGAAUCAGCGAAAAUUCAUCAUAACUUUGAAAAUGAUAACGGAAGACUGGGACAGUUGCGCCAACAAUGAGAUUAACAUGCAUGAAACAAUAUACAAAGCAAAGUUAUCGAGUCGUAUCACUAAUGCAAUGAUAAUUCUUCAUACGAUAAGUGCCGUUGCUUAUAGCGUACGAAUUAUCCUGGCUGAUGUUGAUGUCACCGAUCGCACAUCCGACCUGCCCUAUAUCCAUAAAAUGGAACUUCCCUUCGAUGUAAAUACACAAAGAACGUAUAAAAUGAUUUUAAUCAUACAAACUGUGUACGUCGUCAUGUGCAGCUGGGCUGCUGGUGCUGUAAAUGCUUUGCUUCUAACAUUGGUUUUACAUACAGGCGGUCAAAUGGAUAUUCUGCGUUGCUGGUUGUUAAAUUUUGCUUCGCAGGAAAAUGAAAAAAACGAAUCAAUUACAACGGGCAAAAUUAUUCAGAAACAUCAGAAAAUCAUUAACUUCUCAAAGAAUAUUGAAAAUUUAUACACAUAUAUCGCGUUAUUACAGUUUACUUCUAAUACUAUAAUGAUUUGCUCUUUGGCAUUUCUCAUCGUAAGCGCAAUUGGUACACCUGAUGCGACAGGGCAAAUAAUAAGAUCUCUUCUUUUUUACGCCAUAACAAAUCUAGAAGCAUUUGUAUUCUGCUAUGCUGGAGAAUAUUUGAACAACAAGAGUAAAGCGGUCGGACACGCAGCAUACAAUUCCGCAUGGUAUAAUUUAAAGCCUGAGGACACUCGUAUUUUGUCAUUUAUAAUAUUAAGGUCGCAAAAACAACUGACGCUAACUGUUGGAAAAAUGGCAAAUCUCUCCUUAGAAUAUUUUGCAAGUAUUAUGAAUGCUUCAGGAUCGUAUUUAUCAGUGAUGUUGGCAAUGCAAUGAAUCUCGUAGAUCUUCUGAUAUUUGUGAAGUACACAUCAAAUAAUAUGCAAAUCAUCAGUUAGAAAAAUACACGUUGCAAUAUAAACUGUUUUCCAAAUAUGUUUGGAGUAAUUUAUAGAACGUAAUGUGAAAUUUAAACUAUAAAACUGUGAAAUAUAAUGUACACAUAGUUAAAAUUAGAUUAAAGUUGGCAAUCAGAGAAGAAGAUCAAUAUUUCUCUCAAAUAAAUAUCUCUUCAGUAGUUCUUAAAUUAUUUAGUACAAUAUCGUGUGCCAUACGUAUAGAUCCUAGUUUUAUUCUAUAAUAAAGUACUUACUUUUAUAUUUGUCAGUCAUAUUAAAUAAUCUUUUGUCAAAUAUUGAUACCAAUGCACAUAUAUUACAAUACAUGCAUAAAAAAAUCACACACACAUAUAUAUAUAUAUAUAUGUGUGUGUGUGUGUGAUUUUUUUAUAUAUAUAUACACACAUUCUCAUAGUACUGCACAAUUUAGUUUUCUGUUUCUUCGUCGAAGUCUCUUCACCUUCUAGAUUUCAAAAACUUUUCGAGGGGUCUUCGGAGUUCAAAUCACCAUCGGACGUACGUUGCUCCGCCUACGUCCGCAUAUAUCGUUGCAUAUUUAAGGCGCUUGAUAGUUCCUCAAUGCGACAGGAAAGAUAUUAAAGAUAAGAAGAACAAAAUUGUUAGAUUUGUUGUACACAAUUGUG